AUGGGUGUGCGAACUACGGGAGAGUGCUUGGCGUGUGGCCAAGAGACGAACAAGCUCUGCGGGCCUUGCUCGAAGGCCGGAAUUCAGCUCUUCCUCUGCUCGCCGGAGCACCAGAAGCUCGUCUGGCAGGGCCACAAGGUCUUCUGCGGCGCGAACGCCUGGCCUAUCUCCCUUCCUCGCCUUACGAGGGCAGAGACAGCCAAGCUGCUGGAGAACCUCGACAAGCCGACUUUGCGGCUCAGAGCGUCCGGAGAAAAAUUCCACAGAUCCUCACUCGACUAUCUCAGGACUUUCUUGGGACCGAACAAGACGCGGGACGAGAUUGUGUCUGACAUCAUGUCAGUUUCAGAUAUCUUUCCAGUUCUCGGACCCGCCUCUUUCCCUGAAUGGUCGCAGACGAUCCUGCUCGCGGCGCGCGAUACAGCGAUGUCAAAUUUCACACACGACAAGCUUCCCUCGGAGCUCACCCUUGGCGGGAUCUCGAAGAUCGUUCUCGAAUCUGUUGGCAUUGGUCUGCUCGCGCCGAUACCGGCGCGCUAUGACAUGCGCUCGACCAUCCUUUUCCACCGUCUCGCCUGCUACGAAGCCCUCGUCGUUGCGGCACUGCCGGAUCCUCGCGCACCCGACACGGGCUUCGACAGGAUCAGGGACGCUGAGCGCUGCAAGCGCACAUGCGAGAAGGCGCUCAAGGCGUACGUUUCCGAGGCUUUUGACGCAGGUUUGGCUGCGAAGUUCUUGGUCAAGCUCAAGGAGGCGGCACCCAAGGCGAUGUUCCUUCCGACGGACAGGUCAACUGGCAAAUUGACCGAGCUGUCAGAGUUGGGAGGAACGGAGCACGUCGCUUAG